UUUUUCACCAUCGAAACGGAUGCUAUAGAGAAAGAACCAUAGUGAAAUCUUAUCGUCCUGUCUCUAUCGUCACGCUGCAUCUAGAUCUAUUGUCUUUCAUCUUGCGGUAGCAGUAAACUAUUUCCAUGAAAAUACAUUCAAAAAUAUGGCUAUCGGCAUUGCAUAGCUGUGACUAAGUUUUAUCGCAACCUGUUCAAAAGUAACACUGGUACUGACUUUAGCCCUGCGCCACAAAGAUGAGUGAAAACUUGGUUAUCAAAACCAUUAACAUCAUCUUGGUUGUUUCCAUGUUUCUUUUACAUCUUAUGGCCUCGUUUUCGGGAAAUUGGACUGUGACUACUAAGGGCGGUGUCAUCUAUAAGUCCAGAGGUAUCUAUGUUGACUGUACCUUCAAUAGAUGCACUUACAAUUCAAAAACAGUUUCAGCAUGGCAGGACACAGCGCGUUUCUUAUUUUAUGUGAUGUGGACCAUUAUAUUGGUGACGGUAAUUAUCAACGGCCUAUCUCUAUGGAUCCUGGCCGCUCGGUUACCUAGAAUCUUCGCUUUACUCUAUUUUUCGGCAGCUGUGAUUGGAAUUCUUAUAACCAUUAUAUUUCCAAUCACUGUGAGCCCAAUCGGUAAAGACGGUCUUUCUGAAACCUGGUUCAGCUCAGGUUUUUACAUAUUUGUGGCUGGAGUUUUCAUGAACUUUACGUUGUCAUUACAGUGUUACCAGCUAACUCCAGAAUAUUACCCUGGAGCUUGAAAGGUUUGAAAGUAAAUUUGUCUUUCUUGUACGCUAACUCAAGUCUGAAACUAAAGCCUACAGUUCAUCGAAAGUGACGCAGAUAUGAAGCUCUUCUGUGCUAGAAAGUUAAGACAGUGAUGUGAAGAAAGACACUUUAAAUGUUGAUGAUUGCUUAUAUUUUUAAGUCUAAUGACUAUGUUCACAAGAUUGGUGUAAAUACGAGCAUGCUCAAUUUCGUUUGUUUGUGAUGAAGAUAAACGAAGCUUAAGGUAGCGAGAAUUAGCAUAUAAGAAAGAAAUUAUUUUUCGUCCUUAAAGAAAAUCGAAUUUGUAAAUAUAGAUUACUAAAUAUAAUAAUCAGUUGUCUCUUUUGCUUACAUAAUUUGCCUCAUAUUAGUUAACAAACAAAUUUCAAUAUUCUUGCUACAACGCACAAUUUAUGUAAAUGCUAUUAUGUAAAUUUUUGUCACCACAUUAGUUUCCAGCUUCUUGAAUUGUGUGCGUGUAAAUGAAAAUCCAAAAUGUUUGUGAUAUUUAAAAGCAUAUAAAAUAAUCUCAUAAAGAAUGAAUAAAUAUACGUCUGUAUUCUACAGAACAUUAAAAUGUUGCAACCCUAA